GGCAACCGCUAGGGCCCCUUUCCACACGGUGGGGGCUUUGUUCUCUCGCUCUUUGCAAUAAAUCUUGCUACUGCUCACUCUGGGUCCACACUGCCUUUAUGAGCUGUAACACUCACCGUGAAGGUCUGCAGCUUCAGUCUUGAAGCCAGCGAGACCAAGAGCCCACCCGCAGGAAAGAACAACUCCAGACCCACUGCCUUAGGAGCUGUAACACUCACCGGGAAGGUCUGCAGCUUCACUACUGAGCCAGUGAGACCACGAACCCACCAGAAGGAAGAAACUCUGAACACAUGAGCGAACAUCAGAAGGAACAAACUCCGGACACGCCGCCUUUAAGAACUGUAACACUCACCACGGGGGUCCGAGGCUUCAUUCUUGAAGUCAGUGAGACCAAGAACCCACCAAUUCCGGACACAGUACCAUGAAGGAAUGAAAAUACGUAACAAUGUGAUGUAUCAUGUUUUAUUUCCUAGACUAGUGACAAAUGAAAGCCAAGUGUAGCAAGGGUGCAGGGACACAGGCACAUUUGUGGACUAGGUGUGAGUGUAAGCUGGGUUCAAUGGUCUUUUGGCCAACGUAGUGAACCCCCGUGUCUACUAAAAAUACAAAAAUUAGCCAGGUAUGGUGGUGCAGGCCUGUAGUCCCAGCUACAUGGGAGGCUGAGGUGGGAGUAUCGCUUGAACCUGGGAGAUGGAGGUUGCAGUGAGCCGGAAUCACACCACCGCGCACCAAUCUGAGCCACAGAGAGACCGUCUCAAAAAAACCACAAGGAAGAAAGGGAGGGAGGGAGGAAGGAAAGAGAAAGCAGGAAGGAAGGAACGAAGAAGAAAGAAAACGAAAGAAUGAAAGAAAAGGAAAGAAGAAAGAGAGAAGGAGAGAACAGGAGGGACAGGUGCCCCUGGGAAGGGGAGAGGAUCAAGACGCGCCUGGAAAGCCAACUCUGAACCUCAAGAACCCUGUUCACAGCCAAGAGCGCGACCCCGGGAGGCGUCAACUCCCUAAGCGCCUCCCUCAACUCAUUCCCCCCAAGUUUCGGUGCCUGUCCUGGGGCGGACAGGACCCAGAAACAAACCACAGCCCCGGGCGAAGGUUAGUUCCAGUCCCUUCCCCUCCCUGCCCCACUUGGACGCGCUUCCGGAGGGUUGCUUUGACGAGACUCAUUAUUUAUUUAUUUUUUGUCACUAACCUGUGGCGGAAUUUGCAGUUGCAUAUUGGCUCUGAUUCGCCCCGCCCCGAAUGACGCCUGCCGGGGGGCCAGUGAAAGUACAGCCGCGCCGCCCCAAGUCAGCCUGGACACAUAAAUCAGCACGCGUCCCGAGUACCCCGCAAUCUCUGCGCCCACAAAAUACACGGACGAUGCCCGAUCUACUUUAAGGGCUGAAACCCACGGGCCUGGGAGACUAAGAGCAUUCCCUACCGCCAUGGAACAACGGGGACAGAACGCCCCGGCCGCUUCGGGGGCCCGGAAAAGGCACGGCCCAGGACCCAGGGAGGCGCGGGGAGCCAGGCCUGGGCUCCGGGUUCCCAAGACCCUUGUGCUCAUUGUCGCCGCGGUCCUGCUGUUGGUCUCAGCUGAGUCUGCUCUGAUCACCCAACAAGACCUAGCUCCCCAGCAGAGAGCGGCCCCACAACAAAAGAGGUCCAGCCCCUCAGAGGGAUUGUGUCCACCUGGACACCAUAUCUCAGAAGACAGUAGAGAUUGCAUCUCCUGCAAAUAUGGACAGGACUAUAGCACUCACUGGAAUGACCUCCUUUUCUGCUUGCGCUGCACCAGGUGUGAUUCAGGUGAAGUGGAGGUAAGUCCCUGCACCACGACCAGAAACACAGCGUGUCAGUGCGAAGAAGGCACCUUCCGGGAAGAAGAUUCUCCUGAGAUGUGCCGGAAGUGCCGUACAAGGUGUCCCAGAGGGAUGGUCAAGGUCGGUGAUUGUACACCCUGGAGUGACAUCGAAUGUGUCCACAAAGAAUCAGGUACAAAGCACACUGGGGAAGCCCCAGCUGUGGAGGAGACGGUGACCACCAGCCCAGGGACUCCUGCCUCUCCCUGUUCUCUCUCAGGCAUCAUCAUAGGAGUCGCAGUUGCAGCCGUAGUCUUGAUUGUGGCUGUGUUUGUUUGCAAGUCUUUACUGUGGAAGAAAGUCCUUCCUUACCUGAAAGGCAUCUGCUCAGGUGGUGGUGGGGACCCUGAGCGUGUGGACAGAAGCUCACAACGGCCUGGGGCUGAGGACAAUGCCCUCAAUGAGAUCGUGAGUAUCUUGCAGCCCACCCAGGUCCCUGAGCAGGAAAUGGAAGUCCAGGAGCCAGCAGAGCCAACAGGUGUCAACAUGUCCCCAGGGGAGUCAGAGCAUCUGCCGGAACCGGCAGAAGCUGAAGGGUCUCAGAGGAGGAGGCUGCUGGUUCCAGCGAAUGAAGGUGAUCCCACUGAGAGUAAGUGUUUUGCUCCUGGAGAUGCAGCAGGAAUGGAGGGAAUAGGGACAGGGGUCCUAACUGCUGUCCCCAGAGCUCUGAGACAGUGCUUCGAUGACUUUGCAGACUUGGUGCCCUUUGACUCCUGGGAGCCGCUCAUGAGGAAGUUGGGCCUCAUGGACAAUGAGAUAAAGGUGGCUAAAGCUGAGGCAGCGGGCCACAGGGACACCUUGUACACGAUGCUGAUAAAGUGGGUCAACAAAACCGGGCGAGAUGCCUCUGUCCACACCCUGCUGGAUGCCUUGGAGACGCUGGGAGAGAGACUUGCCAAGCAGAAGAUUGAGGACCACUUGUUGAGCUCUGGAAAGUUCAUGUAUCUAGAAGGUAAUGCAGACUCUGCCAUGUCCUAAGUGUGAAUCUCUUCAGGAAGUCAGACCUUCCCUGGUUUACCUUUUUUCUGGAAAAAGCCCAACUGGACUCCAGUCAGUAGGAAAGUGCCACAAUUGUCACAUGACCGGUACUGGAAGAAACUCUCCCAUCCAACAUCACCCAGUGGAUGGAACAUCCUGUAACUUUUCACUGCACUUGGAAUUAUUUUUAUAAGCUGAAUGUGAUAAUAAGGACACUAUGGAAAUGUCUGGAUCGUUCCAUGUUUGUGCGUACUUUGAGAUUUGGUUUGGGAUGUCAUUGUUUUCACAGCACUUUUUUAUCCUAAUGUAAACGCUUUAUUUAUUUAUUUGGGCUACAUUGUAAGAUCCAUCUACACAGUUGAUGUCUGACUUCACUUGAUACUAUAUGAUAUGAACCUUUUUUGGGCGGGGGGUGCGGGGCAGUUCACUCUGUCUCCCAGGCUGGAGUGCAAUGGUGCAAUCUUGGCUCACUAUAGCCUUGACCUCUCAGGCUCAAGCGAUUCUCCCACCUCAGCCAUCCAAACAGCUGGGACCACAGGUGUGCACCACCACGCCCGGCUAAUUUUUUGUAUUUUGUCUAGAUAUGGGGGCUCUCUAUGUUGCUCAGGGUGGUCUCGAAUUCCUGGACUCAAGCAGUCUGCCCACCUCAGACUCCCAAAGUGGUGGAAUUAGAGGCGUGAGCCCCCAUGCUUGGCCUUACCUUUCUACUUUUAUAAUUCUGUAUGUUAUUAUUUUAUGAACAUGAAGAAACUUUGGUAAAUGUACUUGUUUACAUAGUUAUGUGAAUGGAUUAGAUAAACAUAAAAGGAGGAGACAUACAAUGGGGGAAGAAGAAGUCGUCCCCUCUAAGAUGUCACUGUCUGGGUUCCAGCCCUCCUGCAGAUGUACUUUGGCUUCAAUGACUGGCAACUUCUACAGGGGCCAGUCUUUUGAACUGGACAACCUUACAAGUAUAUGAGUAUUAUUUAUAGGUAGUUGUUUACAUAUGAGUCGGGACCAAAGAGAACUGGAUCCACGUGAAGUCCUGUGUAUGGCUGGUCCCUACCUGGGCAGUCUCAUUUGCACCCAUAGCCCCCAUCUAUGGACAGGCUGGGACGGAGGCAGAUGGGUUAGAUCACACAUAACAAUAGGGUCUAUGUCAUAUCCCAAGUGAACUUGAGCCCUGUUUGGGCUCAGGAGAUAGAAGACAAAAUCUGUCUCCCACGUCUGCCAUGGCAUCAAGGGGGAAGAGUAGAUGGUGCUUGAGAAUGGUGUGAAAUGAUUGCCAUCUCAGAAGUAGAUGGCCCGGCUCACUUCUGGUUAUCUGUCACCCUGAGCCCAUGAGCUGCCUUUUAGGGUACAGAUUGCCUACUUGAGGACCUUGGCCGCUCUAUAAGCAUCUGACUCAUCUCAGAAAUGUCAAUUCUUAAACACUGUGGCAACAGGACCUAGAAUGGCUGACGCAUUAAGGUUUUCUUCUUGUGUCCUGUUCUAUUAUUGUUUUAAGAUCUCAGUAACCAUUUCAGCCUCUUUCCAGCAAACCCUUCUCCAUUGUAUUUCAGUCAUGGAAGGAUCAUUUAUGCAGGUAGUCAUUCCAGGAGUUUUUCGUCUUUUCUGUCUCAAGGCAUUGUGUGUUUUGUUCCUGGACUGGUUUGGGUGGGACAAAGUUAGAAUUGCCUGAAGAUCACACAUUCAGACUGUUGUGUCUGUGGAGUUUUAGGAGUCAGGGGUGACCUUUCUGGUCUUUGCACUUCCAUCCUCUCCCACUUCCAUCUGGCAUCCCACACGUUGUCCCCUGCACUUCUGGAAGGCACAGGGUGCUGCUGCCUCCUGGUCUUUGCCUUUGCUGGGCCUUCUGUGCAGGACGCUCAGCCUCAGGGCUCAGAAGGUGCCAGUCUGGUCCCAGGUCCCUUGUCCCUUCCACAGAGGCCUUCCUAGAAGAUGCAUCUAGAGUGUCAGCCUUAUCAGUGUUUAAGAUUAUUCUUUUAUUUUUAAUUUUUUUGAGACAGAAUCUCACUCUCUCGCCCAGGCUGGAGUGCAACGGUACGAUCUUGGCUCAGUGCAACCUCCACCUCCUGGGUUCAAGCGAUUCUCGUGCCUCAGCCUCCGGAGUAGCUGGGAUUGCAGGCACCCGCCACCACGCCUGGCUAAUUUUUGUAUUUUUAGUAGAGACGGGGUUUCACCAUGUUGGUCAGGCUGGUCUCAAACUCCUGACCUCAGGUGAUCCACCUUGGCCUCCCAAAGUGCUGGGAUUACAGGCGUGAGCCACCAGCCAGGCCAAGCUAUUCUUUUAAAGUAAGCUUCCUGACGACAUGAAAUAAUUGGGGGUUUUGUUGUUUAGUUACAUUAGGCUUUGCUAUAUCCCCAGGCCAAAUAGCAUGUGACACAGGACAGCCAUAGUAUAGUGUGUCACUCGUGGUUGGUGUCCUUUCAUGCUUCUGCCCUGUCAAAGGUCCCUAUUUGAAAUGUGUUAUAAUACAAACAAGGAAGCACACUGUGUACAAAAUACUUAUGUAUUUAUGAAUCCAUGACCAAAUUAAAUAUGAAACCUUAUAUAAAAA